AUGGCGACCGUUUACAAGUCACUCAACAAGAUCAACGGCCCCAAGGACGAGGAGUCGACCAAGAAUGGCCCCAGGAAGAACAAGCAGAGGGUCCUCGUCCUCUCGUCAAGAGGCGUCACAUACCGACACCGACACCUUCUUAACGACCUCGCAGCGAUGAUGCCCCACGGGCGCAAGGACGCCAAGUUUGACUCCAAGUCGAAGCUGUACCAGCUCAACGAGCUGGCGGAGCUGUACAACUGCAACAAUGUGCUGUUUUUUGAGGCGCGAAAAGGCCAGGAUCUUUAUAUGUGGGCGAGCAAGGUGCCGAACGGGCCAACGGUCAAGAUGCACGUGCAGAAUUUGCAUACUAUGGAGGAGCUACACUUCACGGGCAACUGCCUUAAGGGCUCCCGCCCUGUGCUCUCCUUCGACGCCGCGUUCGACAAGGACCCGCACCUGAUGGUGAUCAAGGAACUCUUCUUCCACAUCUUCGGCGUGCCGCAGGGGGCGCGCAAGUCCAAGCCCUUUGUCGACCACGUCAUAGGCUUCACUGUAGCGGACGGCAAGAUCUGGGUGCGUAACUACCAGAUCAACGAGGUCGAGAAGACGGCCACCAAGACCGACGAGGACGGCGACGAGGAGAUGGAUACCGGUAAGGGCAAGAAGAAGGAGAAAACCGGGAGGGGAGGCAAGGACACGGAUAUCAACCUGGUGGAGAUUGGGCCCAGAUUCGUCUGCACGCCUAUCAUCAUACAGGAGGGUUCGUUUGGUGGUCCGAUCAUCUACGAGAACAAGCAGUUCGUCUCGCCAAACCAGGUCCGUGCCGACCUGAGGAGAAGAAAGGCCGGCAGGCACAACGUGAGGGCGGAGCAGAAGGGCGACGCGGUCACGAGGAAGGAUCGGCUUGGCUUGAGGACGAACGGGGAAACCACGAAGAAGAGCGACGCUUUGGCGACAAAGGCUGUGUUCUCUUGACAGAGUUUCUUUAUUUCUCUUUCUUUUUUUUUUCUCCUCCCUCACGGAUAUGGCGUUAUGGUUGCGAAAAACAAGAAUGGAACUGGGGGAUUCUCUAUACCCAGUGUUCAGCACGAAACCUCCGAGCUAAUAGAUACGCAUCAAAAUAGUUAUUGUUUCACAUGCAUGGCCGCUGUAAUGCUAGCAUCAAUC